CACCCAUAACGAGACGAGCUCUGUCUAGAAUGGACAUAUCAGGAAAUUUCUUCAGAAGACUACGAAAUGUAGCCACCUUCUUGGAGACAGAAACCAAGACUCUUAAAAAAGCUCACGAGAACAGCAGCAGUGAUGAUUACAAAGAAGAGGGAGCUAUGCAAGUUUUACAUGAAUUGCAUUCAGAAGUCCAGGCUAUAAAAGGACAGGUUAAAACACAGGUGAUUAGCAAUCAGUCUGUGGAAAACAAUGCAAGUGAUUUUCUUAGAUCAUGUUGUGUACUAAAACAAAGAAACACAGCAAACCUUGAAAAAAUCAAAGAAUAUUUCCAAAAGUAUGGAUACAAACCACUGGCUGGGAAAACUACAGCAGUGGAGAUAGCUACAAAUAGUAAUGAUGAAGAAUGUAUGGAAGACCAGGAGAACAGUGGGAGUGAGGAAGAGGAGGAGGACAAGGAGAGAACAUCAGAAAGUCUGCCUUGUGCCACACCUGCAGAGAAGCCUCCUGCACCCCAGGACCCAAUGCGCACCCCACGGCUCUCUGACUUUGGCCUCUCGCACUAUCGAUUCCAAAACACUUGGGAAGUAGUAAAGGAGAAGCCGGAACAACCAGCAGUAACACAGGACUCUGUGGGCCAGGGGGACUUGAGGGCCCCAACAUUUACAGAAUCGUUUCCUGUCUUACCCAAAACGCCCAAGUGUAUGUUGGAGUUGGACAAUGAGGCCUUCACUCCUAAAAUGGAAGAUUUUGGGAUCAAUGAAUACACCAUGUGUCUCAAUGAUGACUUUACCAUAGCCCUCAUCAACAAGAACAAACCCACAAAGCCCAAGAGUUUGGUUGGAGUUACUGGAAGCCAAACAAAUACUGGGAUGAAUGAGACCCACAGUAAGCCUACUGAGCCGACUUUUAGACAGCAUUUGGCAGCAAACGAUAUGACGAACUCACCCGUUCCUCCAGUGUUUUGUACACCUGGAAUAAAAAUUUACAAAAAUAAAUUACCUACUUUGCCAAAAAGCCCUGAAAUCACAGUUCAAAAGGCAAGUGAUUCUACUCCUGAGAUCCCAACCUUUGAGACACCUUAUUUGAAGAAGCUGGUUCAUGUAAGUCUUUAGUUUAAAUGUCAUUCCAUGUGAAAUCAACACAGGUCAAUACUUCUUCAGAAUUACAUACCAGUCAGUGUACAUGUUGAUGGUGUUUGUGAACUUAUAUAUUACUAUGAAACACUCAAUAGUACUGAAUUAAGAAAUACAAAAAUAAUUAAAAUUCAAGAGAGAGAGAGACUGGAACACUUCUAUUUAAAAAAAAAAAACAAAAAAACAAAAAAAAAAAAAAAACAAACAUUUAAUUUGUUUAGAAAUGUGCACUUUCUUUUAUUUCCUGAUUUAUGAGGUCACAAUCAUUUGGCCAGAACUGUAACCUUCAAUAAUGUGUAUUAUUUUGAUUGCUUCCCCACGCUGUGGUUGCCGACAGCAAUGAGUCUGUUACAACACCAAGGUCUUUCUCUUGGCGAGCCAGGUCUAGUUCUAUACCACCCAUGGAUUGUACUGUAAAGAAUUGAAGGAGCUUCAAAAGACCUCCUAUCUAAGACAUGAUGGAUGAUGGAUAUCUAUAAUUUGUGUG